AUGGAUGCGGCGGGAGGGAGCGGGAUCGCAGCAUCCGACAGCUCGACGUGGCGGCGGCAUUCCAGCACAGGAACCCAAGCGUCCAUCUGCCGCGGCGCGGCCGGACCCACGCACCGAGCUGCCGCCGUUAAACCGCGCAAAUUGAUUACGCGGAAAAGCCGAGAAAAUCGCACUCUAACAGCGCAAGCGUUAUUUAUAGCGCGGCGGCGUUAUCGCCUACCGCGCCUCGAAAAGUGCGUGGGGAUCUUCGAAAUCGCCGCCGGGGAUUUUCGAAAUCGCCGCCGGGGUUUUCGACGCGUCCCGGGCGGGGUCACCGGGGUCCGAACAGAUGCCCGGUGCCCGGAGCAGGGCGGCGCGACCUCCGAAACGCCCGAGAUUGGCAUUCCGCCGCGCGCUCCGCUCCGCUCCGCACCGCGCCAGUCGACGCGCGCCCUUUCCGGGGUUAAGAUGUGCCGGACGCGCGCGCUCGCCAUGUGGUCCCGAACCGAGCCGACGCGGCCCACUGGCGACCGCGCGUACUACCGAAUGGUCCGCGACUACGCCGUCAGCGUCGAACCCGCCACCGUCCGGCCGGCCGGCCUGAGAGUGCGCGAGCCGCCGUACCAGAACCUGGACGAGAUCCGCGAGACGCCCGGCGUGGUCGAGAUCAGCCGCGAGCACGGCUACCGCUUGUGCCCCGAAGGCCAGAACCUGGAGGACGAGGCGAUCUAUGAGAACAUUCUGACGGCGCGGCAGCUGCGCUCGGCGGAAGUGCGCCUCGUGCCCGUCUCGGAGGUGGCUUAUUACGAGGGCCAGGGCUACGUGGUGACCCAGGUGCUGAGCAGGAACGGCACCUUCCCCCAAUGCUCGCCGCACACGUGGCGCCGGCUGCAGCAGGCCAGCCUCACCGGCUCGUUGCGGCUGUUCACAGCAAAGCGGGAGAUGUACGACGUGAAAAAGCAGAGGCUGUGCCUCGCCCAAGACGAGUACAAGCACCUCAACAACGCACUGUCAACCCUCGCCGCCUCGCGCACCAGUUUGUGUUCGUCGACGACGUCGAUGACGACCACGUCCACGACGUCGCGUCAUGACCCCGAAGUGCUCCGUGCCGAGGUGUCCCAAGCGAGGGGCAGGGUUGCCCAGCUCCGGAAGGAGUUGAGGCAGGCCCGUGCGGAGGUCGCCAGCGCUCGACGUGGUGUUGACACCCUCGCCGAGGUGGAGCAGAAGCUCAGCGCGCAGCAGGGCUGCUACAACAUAACCGAGGCGCAGGCGAUCAUGACCGAGCUGAAGAACAUCCAAAGGUCCCUCACCUCCGGGGAAAAGGAGAAGGCGGACCUGAUGCAGUCGCUGGCCAAGCUCAAGGACGACCUGACGCGGCUGCAGCUGGGCGAGGCCUCGCCGGACCUGUCCACGCUGAGCUUGCCCCAGGAGAAGCUGAGCACCGCCUCGCAAACGGACCUCUGCGCCGACCUCGUGCCCAUCGGCACGAGACUGGCGGAGAUGGCCCGCGUCCGGCUGCAGUACGACGAGGCGAGGAAGCGGAUACAGCAGAUCCAGCGGCAGUUGGCCGACCUGGAGGACAAGGUGCAGCCGGGCCAGGCGGAGUCCGACAAGGACCGGCUGCUGCUCUUCCAGGAGAAGGAGCAGCUGUUGAGGGAGCUGAGGAGCAUCACCCCCCGGACUCGCUCCAAGCAGGAGAUGUGCGACAUCCAGAUCGAGUGCAAGAAGCUGGAGCAGGAUCUAAAGAACGCCUUCGAAAUGUCCAAUAAAUGCAUAGCGGACCGGCUGAAGCUUCACGAGGAGAAACAGUUGCUACUCCAGCAGUUGAAGGAUGCUCUGACCUCUAUGACGACGUUGGAGGGUCAGCUGAAGACCCUCUCGGCCAGCACGCUGUCCGUCUCGAGCAGUUCCAGUUUGGGCUCCUUGUCUACUGCCAGCAGUAAGGGCUCCCUGAGCUCCGGCAUCAGCUUCACGGACAUAUACGGGGGGCCGCAGAUAGCGAGCUCCCUGCAGACCGACAAGCCCAUCGACAUGGUCGAUUUGCACAGGAGGGUCGAAAGGCUCCUCCGUGGCACCAGCUACAACGCAGACAGCAUGACUCCAGGCACGAGCAGCUCCCCGUCGCAGCCGUCUCUGUCUCCCCGCAGUAGCCUCUCCUCCGCCAGCCCUCCACCACCGCCGCCCUCCUACAACCAGGUCGAGAGACAGAGGCGACAGCAGAGGGAGCUGGAGGAGAAGCUAGCGGAAAUGAGGAUAGGAGUCGCGACGGGACUCAACGAGGUGACGGGCCUUGCCACAAUCCCGGUACAGCUGCAAGGGCCCGGUCGGCCCUGCGAGCCGCUAUCGCCCAUAUCGGAGACCCCUCCGCCACCGCUCUCGCCGAGAACUCCCUCGUCUAGUGGCACCAACACUAGAUCCGUAUCUGCGGCAGUAAGCGACGAGUCGGUGGCGGGCGAUUCGGGCGUGUUCGAGGCGGCGCAGGGCGGUGACGCCUCUAACGCAGUGAACAGUGCACAAAUUGAGAUCAAAUUGCGCUACUGUCCCGAGGAGGGCGCGUUGGAGAUCGGAAUCCUGAGGGCGCGCAACCUCCACGCCCUCUACAUCGACAUGGGCACCGAAGUGGCGGUGCGCGGCGCGCUGGUGGUGGGCGGCGGCGGCGGCGUGGCGUUCGGCACCGCGGCGCUGGCGUGGCGCGGCGGCGCGCUCGCCUGGCGCCGCUCGCAGCGCGCGCAGCUAGGCCCGCGCGCGCUCCGCGCCGCCACGCUGCAGCUCAACCUCGCCGCCGCCGCCGAGUGCCUGGGGUGCGCGCAAGUCAGCCUAGCGGACUUUGACCCCGACACGGUGUCCCAGAAGUGGUACAACGUUCUCAGCUUCAGGAGUAUGAGGAGAGAUGAGAGCUCAGACGAAUCCACAGUUAUUUCAUCUCAAACGUCAACACUAACAAGGAAUAGAGGUCCGGAAAGUAUGACGGGGGCGGAUUGCAACGUCGACUGCGGUGAUAAUUCAGCGUCAGAGGAUGAAGAAUCUCGAGAACCACUUAAUCAGAUAGUGGAAGAGGAUUCCUUUGAGGACUACAUUCCCGAGGAGGACAUAGCUCUAGAAGAGGAGGAGUACCUCCAUCCCACCACCGCAGAGAAAGAGACCAACACGGAGUGCAACUUCUGUCCAGAGGGAGCGAGACAGCUGCAUAGACGGAAAAAUCAACAAGUUAAAGCGAGUUCUGAAGAGCCUCUAGCGACGAUAAAAAGGUCACAGACCUUCUCACCACAACCACAGAGCAUCGGCAAAGGGCAUUAUAUUUGCAGACUGAACCGUUCGGAGUCAGACUCGUCGAUGGCGCAGUACGCCCGUAGAUCUACUCUUCAGCCGCCGCCAGCAGCCGGCAUCCCCUUCGACAGGAGCGUCCGCGAGCGGAGAUCCCUCAGGUGGGGCAGGGUCCGGGGCGCCAGGGCCCGCGGCGGCGCGCGCCGGCCCGCGCGCACCUCGCUCGACCUCACACUGGACCUGCGCGCCCAGCACGCCCGCCUCGCCGACCUGCGCAGCGAGAUCGCCACCCUGGCGCACCUCAAGAGCAGGCUGGAGGAGGCGUGCAGCCGCGGCGACACGGCGGUGGCGGCGUGGGUGGCGCACGACGACACGCUGCGGCGGCUGGUGGCCAGCGCGCCUGACCCCCCGCGCCUCAUGCACAAAACCGCCAGGGAGAUCUACCGGCUCCGGCGCGCCAAGCGGCCCGACCUCGUCACCUUCAAGGAGAAGAUGGCGUUCUUCACGCGGACCAAGCCCAUAAUACCGGUGCCGCCGGACGAAGAGGGUGACGUCACGGAGGACGACUGGGAGGAGGACCUCGAGCGGAGGACCCCGGACGGCAGGUCCUCGAAGACCUCGGAGGGCGCGGAGGGCGUGGUCGAGUGCAAGAACCCCUGCUUGGACCCCGAGCCGCUCCUGAAGAACCCCGCGCCCCUACUGAAGGACCCCGCGAACGGCGAGCGCGAGCCACCUCAGGCUUCGGAGGACGUGAAGGCGGACGACGUUAGGUACGACUUCGUCGUGGACAGAGUGCUGGGCGUUCAGCCCGACCGAAGCAAGGAUGACUGCGUACUGACAUAUAAGAGUGUGCAGCUUGAGUGGGCGCUAUAUUGGCUUCGAUCCAGGCCGUUAUAUAAUCCGGGCGGUGGGUGUUACAGGCCGCGCACGCGAAGCCCCAAUCCGGCCCUAUCGGCGGAAGAUCGCAGAUUGCGCCGCGGCUCGAAGAAAUUACUGCCGACACGACAGACCGACCCGCCCGCCCGUAUUUCCUUC